GUGACGUGCAAAGUGCCAAAUAAACACCUAGGAUACACCAUCUAUUUUUCUUGUUUCUACUAAGGGUACUAAAUAAGCGACAGAGCUUGCAUUUUAGCAUUUCCUAGUCACUGGUGUGAUAAUUAAUGAUAAAAAAAGAACAGUGUGCUACUAGAUUUUCUUUUUGCACAGAAUGGAGGAGUACCCAGACAGAAAGACUGCUGUCAUUGCAGCCAAAGUGACUGGUCCAGGUCCUGGUCGUUACAACCUCCCACCUACUGUGGGUUUUGUAAGUCACGAUUACACAAAGUUCUCCAGUCCAGCUUAUUCUUUCCAUGGAAGGCCAAGCAACUCUGCACAUGUGAGUGAUUCUAGCCCUGGGCCUAGAUAUUAUGUGGAUGCCAGUCUCACCCGCUUUGGCCGCAGUGCAGGACCAUCCUACUCCAUGUUAGCCCGUGGAAGAUCUGCAGACAAGAAGAAUGAUAUCCCUGGCCCUGGAACAUACAGUCCAGAGAAGUGCACGGUCCCUACCCAGCGUAAAUUCCCAUCUUAUUCUAUGGGAUCCCGGACACGUUACAGGUCCAUGGAUCGUGUACCAGCACCCAACUCAUACUCUCUACCCCCAGUGUUGGGGCCCAGGGCUACUGCGAAAGUCUGUGCUCCUGCCUUCACCCUCUCUGGGAAAUACCAGCAUGGAGGUCAUUCAGAGGAUCUUUCUGGGACACCUGGUCCAGCUCACUACCAGCAAACUGACCCGAGUAGAUAUUUGAAGCGGGGGCCAGCUUUCUCUAUGCAAGGAAGACAGCCAAAUUCCAAGGCAGAACAGAAGACACCAGGACCUGGUUCCUACUACCCGGAGAAAGUGAAUCAGCAUAAAAGGCAUGCACCAGCUUAUUCGAUGGGUAUCCGUCACUCUGAAUACACAGCACCGCUCAUUAUAGAGGUGCCUAUUUAAGCUGAGACAAUGUAAAUUCCAAUACACUAUCUCCCAUAAUGCACACAUAGUGACAUUUUCUGCUUUUGCAAAGUUGUCGUUUUGCCCUCUAUUUCUUCUCACAGUGCUCUGCAUGCUACGCUCCUUCUCACCAUGUCCCCUUCUUUUUUUGCUUUGCUCCCCUUGCCUUCCCAAUGUACGUCACAAAUGUCUCCAAGCUUCCUAUCUAGUUAUAUAAAGAGAAUAAAUUAUGCAGAAUCUGGUUGAGUUUUAUGCAAACAAGUGUCUCCAGUAAUGAGAUUUUACAGAUCCUUGUGUGUGAGAUUGGAGGCCAAAGCAGCGGGGGUGUUUAACAGUAAAAAGGAGAGGAGUUGGUGAAGAGGAACAAGAAUUUAAACACUCAGAUGUGUCUGAAAGAAGAAGGGCACAGAUAGUGUGUCAUCAAAUGGUAAAUUGGGCUGCAUAUUGUUACUGAAAGGGCAGAUGAUUAUGAAAACUAAUCAGGAUAUAUUCUGUUAUGUUUAUCUGAUGCUUUUCAUGUACCCACAAUUAGUCUAAUAGAGUCUAUUUUAAUAAUAUCCUCACUGCAUGAGAGAGGUAGGCAAGAUAACAUUUGCCACAUUCUGGGUCUGUUUCUGGGUUCUCCCCCACACGCACCUAACCAUGUUUUGAUUUUUUUCUGUCUUCCUCUUCUCCACUAUAUUUCUUAUGUAUUGUCUCUCUCCCUCACUCUGCAAUCCUUCCUUCCCAACUGUUUCUGUGCAUCCCCCUCUAUCUUUCGAGCAUCUUCUCCCCCCCAUCUCUCCUUCUCUGCAAAAAUCAUUAUUGGAUUUUCCGCCUGUGUGCUGGCACUUUGCCUUUUGACACUCAGUCACUGUCACCCAGACCCACCUCCUUUUAUGCUUCAAGCAUCUACAGUUACAGGCCAUCCCAGCAACUAAGUGAUCUUGUUAAUACUGCAAUUAUAUCCAGAUCACCGGCAAAUGCAAGUAUUGUUUGGGUAACAUAGCUUAACACUUAUGGCUGAAUUAAUAAAUGUGUAUUAUACAGCUAUACUGGUCAUGGACUUGUAUGCUCUCUACUCUUUUUAGUAUGUGUUAGAGAAAAAGAUGGGACAUCAGAUAUAGUAAGCAUCAGGUUUAUUCAGUUCACCAUCACACCCCUCGCAGACCUCUAAUAUUACCCUUAACCAUUUGUUAACCAUUUCUCUACCAAAAGAGAGAUACCAUGCCUUUCAGAAUCUUUAAUAGGAAAAAGCUGUGAUGGCCUGCAGAACUGCUAACUGCACUCUCCAUUUAGCUUGCUGCUGCUGCUGGGAACUGAAUAGGGAAGCUUGACUUGGAAGAUACUUGUAUUAUUGAUGUUGAAGGUUGAUUAUCAUCAUGAAUUCGUCAUGAGAGGGUGGGAAUGUAACUUGUUUGUCUGUAAAGGAAAUGCUUUUAUUUGUCAUUUCUAAGCUGAUAUGCCUGGCAAGUUUGAAUUUAAAUGGAUGUUACAAUAAAUGUGGC